AUGUCUGAGGGCGCUUACCAGCACCUCUGGGUGGCCUCCCACGUGACGCUGCAAGAGCUGCUGGGCCGAGAGCAGGUCCUGCUGGAUUCAGUGCCAGGCUGGGAGUGCCAGGCCUUCCAGUACCAGCUCUCAGUGCUCUACCUGCGCUACCUGGGGCUGCUGCGCCAGUUCGAUGCCAUCUACGAACAGAUGGUACAGCUGCAGAAGCGCCUGCUGCUGUGGCGCCUGCUGGAUGGAGUGGCAGGCCGGGUGCUGGAGCUCAAGGAUGAGCUGGUGCGCAUAGACCUGUGCGAGACCCACUGCCUGGACCGCGUGUUGCAGGACCUCGGGCUGACCCCGGCAGACCUCGAGGUUCCAAUUCCCAAAUACUCCCAGCUGGAGCAGUCCAGCACGGUGAAGGAGUGGCAGCAGAAGCUGGCCAAGAUCCUAUCCAGGACGAGCCCUCCAGGAAUGCACAGGACAGAGGCCAUCAUCCUGGUGCAAAGUGCCAAGCACUCAAGGCGAGGGCGGCUCCGAGCUGACUUCACUCGAGAGAUCCGGAGAGAGGAGGAACGGGAUCGGAAGGUCCAGGAGGACAAGCCGCACAAGUUCCGUCAGGACCAGGCGGCUCUGGGCAUGCAGAAGGUGUGAAAAGGUCACCAGCAGAGGAAGCGCACCCAGCAGGACCGGCUCGAGGAGAUGGAGUUCAUCGGCAUGCUCCCCACACCCAGCCAGGCAGAGCCCUUGGGUAGCCUGUGGAAGGCCACCCUUGGGGAGGAAACCCGCAGGCUCCACCGGAAGGAAAUGGAAGAGGGGUUCCACGUGGCUAGGGUGAAGGCCCAAGAAGCUGUCACAGAAACCAAAGGGCCUGACGUGAAGGAGCGUAUGAGGGAGCAAAUCCGACAGUGGUUUAUGGGGUGGCGGUCAGUGUCCAGAACCUCGGGCCGGUUCCCUGAUUAUCCAGACCAGUCAUUAGGUGGAUCCCGCCUGAUCUUUGCUGACAGGACUCUGGAGCAGGUGAAAAUGGAACUGCAGAUGCAGCCCCAGGAGAACAAAAAGAAGGCGAACAAGACGAGUAAAGAGAGAGACCAGGAGAAAAAAGAGAAAAAGAAAGGGAAGGAAGAAAAGGCCAAGAAGGGGGAAGUGGAAACAAUGUUGAAAGUGUUGCCCUCCAAAUUUAUACCUGGGAUGAGCAUGGGACGCCAGGAAUACACAAAUGUGUGGAAGAACCGGAAUGAGAACAAACACUCCAGCUGGAGUGUUGACCCUGAGAUCCUCCGGGAGGAAAAGGGGACGGAAGUGGAAGUGGGGAUCCGAGCACAGGUAGAUGAGCUCAUGCAGCAGGAGCUGAAGAACCUGCGUCUGGCCAUGGACAAGGAGGCUGGGAGACCCUUGAAGGCUCCGAAGAAAAAGCCUGGCAAGAAAACUGGGAAGAAGAAGGAAAACGAUCUGACCCCAAACAGGUCCCUGGACUGGCUGUAUGAAGAGCUUGUCGUUUCUGGGCUUCUAAAGAAGAGUGACAGGGUGGCGUUGAAAGACUACAUCGGAGACUGCCUCUACCUGGGGUCUGCACUGAUGCUGGCUAACAAGCUGUCCAUGCCCUCCCUGUCUGAUGUGCAACAGAACAUGGCCUUGUAUGGAGUCCUUCAGCUGGGCUCCUCAGACAUUCACUCCCUGGCUCCCCUCAUCCGAUCCAUCCUCCUGGUGGACCCCUCCGGCACAGGGAAGAAGAUGCUGGUCCACGCCGUGUGCACAGAAACAGGGGCCAACCCAUUCGACUUGUCACCUGGAAACCUGCAGGGCAAAUACCCUGGCAAGACCGGGGCAUAGAUGAUUGUCCACAUGGUCUUCAAGGUGGCCCGGCUGCUCCAGCCCUCUGUGAUCUAGAUCGGAGAUGCCGAGAAAAAUUUCUCUAAGAAGAUCCCAAAAGAAGAGAGGCAGAUGGACCCAAAAGGCAUCAAGAAAGACCUGGGCAAGGCCAUGCAGGUGCUGAGUCCAGGAGACCUCGUGAUACUCAUAGGAACCACGGAGCAGCCGCAGCUGGUGGAGAUGAAGGGGCUCUGCCAGCUGUACGAGUGCAUCCUCUUUGUGCCCUGGCCCGACUAUGCUGCCCGCUAUGUGCUCUGGAAGCAUAUGAUAGAGGCCCGGGCACAGGUGACCCUGAGCUUGGACCUCAGUGCCCUGGCCAGGGUGUCCAAUGGCUACACAUCGGGUCACAUCGUCCAAGCCACCGAGAUGGUGCUGAAUGAGCGGCAGAUUCUGCAGCUGUCCAGGCGGCCCCUGGGGGCCUCUGAAUUCCUGGUGCAGCUGGCGAAGCUGAACCCAGUGUACUUCGAGGAGGAGGAGUCCCUGAAGGACUGGUACUUCAAGACCCCACUGGGCAAGAAGAGAAUGAAACUUAGCAAGGGCCAGUUGGAGGCUGAGGAGACCAAGGUGGCCAAGGAGAAGAAAAGGAAGUGA